AUGAGAGCCUGUAGUCUGUGGGAAAAAGAUACGGCAGGACACAUGGACGAAGUGGGGGUAGCAGACCUUGGAGUGGCUCAAAAUAAGACAUUUGAUGUAACCCCAGGUUCAGGGGGUGGUGCCGAUACUGUGACCAUUGACGAACCCAUCGUCCCAGAGUUACCGGCCAAUUCUAGAAACGAAGGAUUUAGAAAACGUCACCAGGCCAUCAAAGAUAGUAAGAAAAUAGCCUUGUUUGAUCGUUUACAUCUGGAUCUAUUUCAACAAGACCGAUUUCUACCCAAUGGAGUAGACGUCCGUUUGAGAUUUAAUCGAGCUAGACCUCAGUUCUAUAUGAUGAUCAAAGCACUAAGUACGGGAAAAGUGAAAAUAUUGAACAUGGUCUUGUGGGUGAGAAAAGUCAAACCCACGGCCGUCAUGAUGAAUGGCAUUAAUCAAAGUUUGAACACUCAUAGAGCCAAAUAUCCUUUGAGAAGAGUCGAAGUGAAAACCUUUACCAUACUGACAGGAACUCAAUCUAAGAUUACGGAUCAUCUGUUUCAAGGCCAGAUGCCUAAACGUCUCAUUUUAGGCUUUGUGGAAAAUGCGGCUUUUAACGGAGAUAAAACUAAAAAUCCGUUUCAUUUUCAAAGCUUUGGAAUUAAGAAAUUAGAUGUCAGUAUCAACGGAGAGACCAUGAGUACUCGUUGUUUUGAGCCCAAUUUCAAUGAAGAUUUAUAUCUGAGAUCUUAUCUGAGUCUAUAUCAAGCCUUGGGAAAAUUAGGAGAAGAUUGGGCUCCGGACAUCACCCUAGAAGAGUAUAAAAACGGAUACACUCUGUGGGGCUGGGAUUUCACGAAAGAUCAAGAAGCGCAAUCGGACAAAUUCCACAUCAUAGAAACCGGAAAUCUGAGAAUAGAAGUCCAAUUUACGAACAAUACGGUGAACACCUUAAAUUGUGUGGUGUAUGCAGAAUUCGAUAACCUGUUAGAAAUAAACAAACAGAGAGAAGUCAGUAUUGAUUACUAA